GAGUAACUUGGAGGUUUGUGGUUCCGAAAAAACUUGGAGGUUUUUAAAGGGAAAAAAAUCUGACUGAAACGGUCCUCCCCUCGUAACAAUCCAGUAUCAUCUUCUUCGUUUUUCCAUUGUUUGUCCUUUAUUCCACACCCUCUCUUUCGAGGGUUUUUCUUUUUCUAUUAUUUUUCCUUUGCUUUUCUUUUCUCUUGUAUUUCACUUUUGAGUUUUCCUUUGCUUGCACACCCAUUUCUUCUUACCUGUGCUAAAACCCUAACCCUAGAAUUGAAGAUGCAGCCACUUAAAUUAAGGCAAAAUCCCAUGAUGCAGCAUUCUCUCUACCAUCACCCAGCUCUUAUUACUCCUCCACAGAUAGAGCCUAUCUUGAGUGGAAAUCUGCCUCCUGGCUUUGAUUCGAGUACUUGCCGCAGUGUUUAUGUCGGCAACAUUCAUCCUCAGGUUACAGAACCCCUUCUUCAAGAGCUUUUUUCAAGUGCUGGCGCCCUUGAAGGGUGCAAGCUUAUUCGGAAAGAGAAGUCAUCAUAUGGCUUCGUGGACUACUUUGAUCGCAGUUCAGCUGCAAUUGCUAUUGUAACUCUCAAUGGGAGGAAUAUUUUUGGACAGUCUAUCAAAGUUAACUGGGCUUAUGCUCGCGGCCAGAGAGAAGACACAUCAGGCCACUUUCAUAUUUUUGUUGGCGACCUUAGCCCCGAGGUUACAGAUGCAACUCUGUACGCUUGCUUCUCUGUGUAUUCGAGUUGUUCAGAUGCAAGGGUAAUGUGGGAUCAAAAGACAGGCCGAUCCAGGGGUUUUGGAUUUGUUUCUUUUCGAAAUCAGCAGGAUGCCCAAAGUGCCAUAAACGAUUUAACUGGUAAAUGGCUCGGAAGUAGACAAAUUCGUUGUAAUUGGGCCACCAAAGGAGCUAAUACCAACGAUGAAAACCAAGGUUCAGAUUCCAAAAGUGUUCUGGAGUUAACUAGUGGAACGUCAGAAGAAGGGCAGGAAAUAACCAUUGAUGAUGGUCCUGAGAAGAAUCCUCAAUAUACCACUGUUUAUGUUGGCAAUCUUGCACCAGAGGUUACUUCUGUUGAUCUCCAUCAACAUUUUCAUACCCUCGGUGUUGGAACUAUUGAAGAUGUUAGGGUGCAACGAGACAAAGGUUUUGGGUUUGUGAGAUACAGUACUCAUGGUGAAGCAGCUCUUGCUAUACAGAUGGGCAAUGCUCGUUUUCUGUUUGGCAAACCUAUCAAGUGUUCAUGGGGUAGCAAGCCUACUCCUCCCGGAACAGCCUCUACUCCUCUUCCCCCACCAACUUCUUCGCAUGUACCAGUGUCAGGGUUUUCAUUUGCCGGCCUUGCAGCGUAUGAACGCCAGAUGGCUUUGAGCAAAAUGAAUGGUGCACAUGCUGCCCUUCUGCAACAGCAGGGUCACCAUGCUGCUCUAAAGCAGGCGGCAGCCAUGGGAAUGGGUGCUCUUGGGGCUGGGUAUGGUGCAGGAUUUCCUAAUGUUGCCACCACCCAGCACCUAAUGUAUUAUCAGUAAAAUAUCCAACCCUCUCUGACAAACAAAGGAGAUGUUUUUAUUUAUUAUGAAUGUCUGUUGAGCCACUAGAAUGGUCUUACGAUACUGUUUGUUAAUUUCUUCCCUCAUCCUCCCUAUGGUGUGCAUUUCUCUUUUUAUCCUUCUCAAUCUUUUCCUUUUGUAACUUUUGGGGUUUCUUUUUAUUUCUUUGUUUAUGCUCUACACAUUUGUAUUACUUCAACAAUUUGUUAGCUGUAUAUGGAUGCUGUUUUUACUAUUUUCUACCGGGGAAGAUUGCUCAAUAUUAAAUUUA